CCCCUCCCGCCCCCUCCCCUGCUCCCCUCCCCCGCCUCCCGCGGCGGCUGGCGUCGGGAAAGUACAGUAAAAAGUCCAAGUGCAGCUGCCGGGCGCAGGAUGGGAUCCGGCUCCUCCAGCUACCGGCCCAAGGCCAUCUACCUGGACAUCGAUGGACGCAUUCAGAAGGUGAUCUUCAGCAAGUACUGCAACUCCAGCGACAUCAUGGACCUGUUCUGCAUCGCCACCGGCCUGCCUCGGAACACGACCAUCUCCCUGCUGACCACUGACGAUGCCAUGGUCUCCAUCGACCCCACCAUGCCCGCGAAUUCAGAACGCACUCCCUACAAAGUGAGACCUGUGGCCAUCAAGCAACUCUCUGCUGGUGCUGAGGACAAGAGAACCACAAGCCCUGGCCAGUCUGCUGAGAGACCACUGAGGGACAGACGGGUUGUGGGCCUGGAGCAGCCCCAGAGGGAAGGAGCAUUUGAAAGUGGACAGGUAGAGCCCAGGCCCAGAGAGCCCCAGGACUGCUGCCAGGAAGGCCAGCACGUCCCUCCAGAGAGAGAAGAAUUAAUCCAGAGCGUGCUGGCGCAGGUCGCAGAGCAGUUCUCAAGAGCAUUCAAAAUCAAUGAACUGAAAGCUGAAGUUGCGAAUCACUUGGCUGUGCUAGAGAAACGCGUGGAAUUGGAAGGACUGAAAGUGGUGGAGAUUGAGAAAUGCAAGAGUGACAUUAAGAAGAUGAGGGAGGAGCUGGCGGCCAGAAGCAGCAGGACCAGCUGCCCCUGUAAGUACAGUUUUUUGGAUAACCACAAGAAGUUGACUCCUCGACGCGAUGUUCCCACUUACCCCAAGUACCUGCUCUCUCCAGAGACCGUCGAGGCCCUGCGGAAGCCGACCUUUGAUGUCUGGCUUUGGGAGCCCAACGAGAUGACUGAGCUGCUGGAGCACAGUACCACGACCGUGGGGCUGGUCAGGGACUUCAGCAACCCCGUCACCCUCAGGAGGUGGCUGCUCUGCGUCCACGACAACUACAGAAACAACCCCUUCCACAACUUCCGGCACUGCUUCUGCGUGGCCCAGAUGAUGUACAGCAUGGUCUGGCUCUGUGGCCUCCAGGAGAAGUUCUCACAAACGGAUAUCCUGAUCCUAAUGACAGCGGCCAUCUGCCACGAUCUGGACCAUCCCGGCUACAACAACACGUACCAGAUCAACGCCCGCACAGAGCUGGCGGUUCGCUACAAUGACAUCUCGCCGCUGGAGAACCACCACUGCGCCGUGGCCUUCCAGAUCCUCGCUGAGCCCGAGUGCAACAUCUUCUCCAACAUCCCACCUGAUGGGUUCAAGCAGAUCCGACAGGGAAUGAUCACGUUAAUCUUGGCCACUGACAUGGCAAGACAUGCAGAAAUUAUGGAUUCUUUCAAAGAGAAAAUGGAGAAUUUUGACUACAGCAAUGAGGAGCACAUGACCCUGCUGAAGAUGAUUUUGAUAAAAUGCUGUGAUAUCUCUAACGAGGUCCGUCCAAUGGAAGUCGCAGAGCCCUGGGUGGACUGUUUAUUAGAGGAAUAUUUUAUGCAGAGCGACCGGGAGAAGUCAGAAGGCCUUCCCGUGGCCCCCUUCAUGGACCGAGACAAAGUGACCAAGGCCACAGCCCAGAUUGGGUUUAUCAAGUUUGUCCUGAUCCCAAUGUUUGAAACAGUGACUAAGCUCUUCCCUGUGGUUGAGGAGAUCAUGCUGCAGCCGCUUUGGGAAUCCCGAGAUCGCUACGAGGAACUAAAGCGGAUAGACGACGCCAUGAAAGAGUUACAGAAGAAGACUGACAGCUUGACGUCUGGAGCCACCGAGAAGUCCAGAGAGAGAAGCAGAGAUGUGAAACACAGUGAAGGUAACGCCGUCUCUGCUGACGUGGCGUCAGUCCAUACCGUGAUUCCGACAAAGGACCGAAGGAAGAGGAAGGAGACUGUGCCUGAGGAAACUGAGGGGCGUGGCUGCGGUUCCGGACGGGCUAGCAGAGCUGCACGGGAUCCUUGUGCGGGAAGAGCUGCCCUGAGCACCUGGCACCACAAGACCACGUUUUCUAAGAAACAUUUUGUUCACUGAUACAAAAAAAAAAAAAAAAGGAAUUCAUGAUGCUGUACAGAAUUUUAUUUUUAAACUGUCUUUUAAAUAAUAUAUUCUUAUACGGAAA